CCAUGGUGAUAGGAGAUUGGACCCGUCAUGGCUGCAGUAGCCAUCAAGAAACGAGCAACAGCCUCUGGAAGCUGUGAUGUUUUCCUUUUUUAACUUCCCUUACCUAUCAAUUUCAACAGUACAAGUCCCCUGCAAAUAAAACAUUGAAUUGGUUCAUGUCUCUUUGCUUGCUGCAGUAAUCUGCUGAUGUUGUAAGGACUGAGAAGUGUUCUGAUAUGCAUCACCCAUGAAACCUAGCUAACCUUGAUAAAGAUGCUUGUUUGGAGACAACCUACCGUGGCCAUGAGUGUGAAGAAACAGUGGUCACCUCCCCUGGUUCAUCUUCGUCACCUCACGAGUGUGACGAAACUUCCAGGAUGUGUACACUGCAUUACCUUUGUCUUUCCUCCAAACAUUGUGUACGGAAGCCAAUAGGAGAUGGAGUUACUGUAUUAUGUGCUGUUCUUGAAGAGAGAGAAAAGAAAAAGGAAAUUGACUUGAUCCAUUGACGAGAGGCUUCCUUCGUGGUUAUCUCCUUUGAGAUGCCAGCUUAGACUACCAAAUCGUCGAGUCCAUCCAACAACAUCUUGUCUCGAUUCAUUUGUUGAAUCUUUUCAGCGCUUCCUUUUGCCAGAUAAUUCAUCAUCAUUCCCUUUGCAAAGGCAGAUCUUUCCAUCAUAUGCUCCGACCACAAAUUUCAUUUCAUCAUUCCCUUCUAUUCUUUCAAGCAUGGAGUCUGUGCUAUCAAUCUUGGAAUCCGUAUUUAGCCCCAUUAUUUCCUUCUUCACUCGAAUCUUCGGCUAUGCCUUGUCCUGUGAACAGUACAUAGAGUCGCUGCAGAAGGAGAUCGGUGAGCUACGGAGCAAGAGGGACGAUGUGAAGCGAGAGGUCGACCGCGAAGCCAGGCAAGGGAUGGAGGCCACCAACGAGGUCUUGCUCUGGCUCAAGAACGUGGAGGACCUCGAAGCCGAGGUCGGCAGGAUCGUGGAGGAGUUCGAUGCAAGGUUCGCCAAUCCGGCGGACGGGACGUCCAAGCUUGUGCUCCGGUACCAGCUCAGUAAGCGGGCCGACGAGGCCCGGGACGAGGCCAGCAGCCUCAAGGGGAAAUCCAACUUCUACAAGGUUGUCGACAAGCUGAUGCCGGUCCGAUUCGAGGAGCGGCCGGCCGCACUCACCGUCGGCAUGGAUUCCAUGCUCAAGCACCUCGGGGGCGCUUAUGCCGACGAAGACGUGGGCGUCAUCGGCGUCCAUGGCAUGGGGGGUGUCGGUAAGACCGCGCUGCUCAACCGGUUCAACAACGAGGUACUCGUCCAAGCCACCCACCUCAACGUGGUGAUCUCGAUCAGAGUCACCAGAGAUUUCGAUGUGGAGAAGACGCAGAGGGCCAUCGGCGACCGGCUGGGGCUGUCCUGGGACGAGCGCAAGACCGAGGACGAGCGCGCCAUGGUCCUCUACAAGGUCCUGAGCAAGAUGACGUUUGUGCUGCUGCUGGAUGACCUGUGGGAGCCCCUGGAUCUCGCGACGGUGGGAAUUCCGACUCCCACCGGCCACAGCAAGGUCAUCCUGACGACCCGGAUCGAGGACGUCUGCGACCGCAUGGACGCCAUGAAGAUCAAGGUUGGGUGCUUGGAGUGGGAGGACGCCUGGGAUCUGUUCAAGAGAAAAGCAGGGGAAAGGUUGAUCCGCGGCGAUCAGGAAAUCCGCCACCACGCCGAAGAGCUGGCCAGGAGAUGCGGCGGAUUGCCACUCGCGCUGAUCACAGUCGGCCGGGCCAUGGCGAGCAAGAGGACCGCCAAGGAGUGGAGGCAUGCCGUCACGACUCUGAGCAACACACCAUGGCAGCUACUGGGCAUGGAAGAGAACGUUCUCCAUCGCCUGAAGCUGAGCUGCGACAAAUUGGAUGAUAGACUGAAGACUUUCCUGCUCUACUCGUCCCUGCACAUGGGUAUGAAUCCGAUGCACAAGGCUACCAUCAUAGAUUUGUGCAUCGGAGAGGGAGCCAUAGACGACUUCGACAGUCCUGAGGAUGCUUACGGCGAGGGUUACGAUCUUCUUGGUGUCCUGAAGGCGGCGUCGAUGCUUGAGUGCAGCGGGGAAGAUCAUGUGAAGAUGCACCCUCUCAUCCGCGCCAUGGUGUCAUGGAUAGUUUGCGAGUGCGGGAAGAAGGAUAACAGGUGGCUGGUGCAAGCAGGCGCUGGGUUAGCAGAAGCGCCAGACGCCGAGAAAUGGGAAGGAGCAGAGAGGAUCUCGCUGGUGUCCAACGAGAUCAGCUCGCUGCCGGAGGAGCCUCACUGUCCGGCGCUCUUGACGCUUCUUCUCAGCGGCAACCGCGGGCUGCGCACGAUCCCCGACGGCUUCUUUCGCUCCAUGGCAUGCCUCAGAGUCUUGGAUCUGUCGCGCACUUCGAUCGAGGAAUUGCCACCCGAAAUCGGCACUCUGCUUCAGCUCCAAUACCUCGAUCUUUACGAGACCAGCGUUACGUGCUUGCCGAAAGAGCUGGGGAAUCUGGUGAAGCUCCGGUCCUUGCUGCUUUCCGGCACGCCUCAUCUCAGGACAAUCCCGAACGGAGUAAUCGAAGGUCUCACCGAGCUGCGAGUGCUGUGCAUGUACGCUAGCUAUGGAACUUGGAGGGCGAGCUCCUCUGGAGCAGGGAUCAGCUUCGAAGAGCUGGAAGGGCUGAAACGGCUGAGGUACCUCGACAUCACCCUGGAGAACGCUACCAGUCUGCAGAGGCUAUCGAGGGCUCGCCGCCUCGCCAUGUCCACUCGCUACAUGCACAUAAGAGGCUGCCUCGGACUGACCACCAUCCAACUUCCUUCUCCUUCGCUUGGGAGAUGCAUGAGGGGCUUACGGUGCCUUCGGAUCUCGCACUCCAGCAAACUGGAGGAGAUCAUAGUUGGUGGUGGCAGCACUGGGAACGAAUGGUCGCUGCUUCCCAAUAUGCACGUCCUUAUGCUUCAGCAACUGCUGAAAGCGAGGAUCAUCUUCAAGGAUCGAAUCUUCCCAAACCUUCGGUUUUUGCAUGUCUGGUAUUGCAGUGGGAUAGAGCAAUUGAUCAGGUUCGAGGAUGAGGCGGGGGAAGGGCAAGAGCCUGAAGUGGUGGCUGCCUUCCCCCACCUAAAAGAGUUGCACCUUGUAGGCCUAUCGGAGCUGAAGAGCCUUGGAGGCGAAAGGAGAGUGCUGGCGUUCCCCUGCCUGAGAGUUCUUCAGGUGAAUGAAUGCCCAAAGCUGAAGGAGCUUGGCAUGGUGGGGGAGGAGAUGACUGCCAUCUUUUGCAGCCAAGAAUGGUCGGAUGGACUGGAGUGGGGGGAUGACAGAAUUAAACAAGCUCUCAGUCCCCUUUUUACACCGUUGCAGUAAUUGAUUUGAGGUUGUCUUCUGCCUCCCUCUGUUCUCACUUCUUUACAUGUAUAUCUAUUUAUCUGAUUCUUUUGGCCACAUGAUACAUGCAUCCCAUACAGGAAUUCUACAAAGUUCACUGUUCCUUUUGUAAUCUGGAUUGCACUGCACUGAGGAAUUCAAUAUUGUGUUCAAAAUUUAGUAAAUCUAAAAGAUUGAUCACUGAGGAAGGUAAUAAUUAGGAUUGCAUAUUUA